CACUCCUGUCUUCCACUGCCUCCCGCAGUUUGGUCAAACUCAUGCUGGUAGCUUCGAGAACACUGUCCCACCAUCUCGUCCUCUGUCGUCCCCUUCUCCUUGCGCCCUCCAUCUUUCCCAACAUCAGGGUCUUUUCCAGGGAGUCUUCUCUUCUCAUGAGGAGGCCAAAGUCUUGGAGCCUCAGCUUCAGGAUCUGUCCUUCCAGUGAGCACUCAGGGCUGAUUUCCUUAAGAAUGGAGAGGUUUGAUCUUCUUGCAGUCCAUGGGACUCUCAAGAGUCUCCUCCAGCACCAGAAUUCAAAAGCAUCCAUUCUUCAGCGAUCAGCCUUCUUUAUGGUCCAGCUCUCACUUCCAUACAUCACUACUGGGAAAACCAUAGCUUUAACUAUACGGACCUUUGUUGGCAAGGUGAUGUCUCUGCUUUUUAAGAUGCUGUCUGGGUUUGCCAUUGCUUUUCUCCCGAGAAGCAGGCGUCUUUUAAUUUCGUGACUGCUGUCACCAUCUGCAGUGAUCAUGGAGCCCCUGAAAUUGCACUCAUGCUGGGGCCAUCUAUCCGAGGAUGGGACGUGCGCGUAACGAAGGACAGCGACGGAUCAAGGCGACCGGCCUGGAUCUUUGGACCCUCCUGGCGGGGCGGGGCCAGGGACACGGACUUUGCUAUGGGGCGGAGCUCUCACUCCCCACACGGUCCGGGAUACAGCUGACCGUGACGCGCAUCUCUGCAAGCGGCCAGGGGUUCCGGCUCCGUUCUUGGCACGCCUCGAAGCACAAGGGGCGGCAGGCGCGCAGCGUUGCGCACGGGUCCGGGGGAGAAAGAGGAAGGAUCCGGGGCGCGCCUGGCUGCUGGGAACCUGCCUCCCGAGGAGGAUCAGGAUCAGCAGCGUCCGCCUCUUCCUCCGACCAGCAGUGCGAGGAGCCGGCGAUCGCGGGCGCAAGAUGCGCGCCUAGGCUGCUGCUGCUAGCGCCCCCUCCGCCUCCUCCUCCCUUUUGCGCUCCGGGCGCAAGAAGCGCGCGAUGGCCGCGGCGGAGGCGCUGGCGGGUCUGGCGGGUCUGGCGCUGGGCCUCUACGCCUUGCUCUAUUACAACUUCAUCAAAGGGGCCCCGUGCAAGAACGAGACCAGCCUGCGGGGCAAGACGGUGCUGAUCACGGGUGGAAACACUGGGAUUGGAAAGGCAACGGCUCUGGAUCUGGCCCGGAGGGGAGCCCGCGUCAUCCUGGCUUGCCGGGACAGAGAGCGAGGAGAAUCUGCCGUCUAUGACAUCAGGAGGGAAAGUGGGAACAAUGAAGUUCUCUUCAUGAGCCUGGACUUGGCCAGCUUCAAGUCAGUGAGGGCUUUUGCAGCGGCUUUCUUGAGAUCUGAGCCCCGCCUUGACAUUCUCAUCAACAAUGCAGGUGUCGGGUCUGGAAGCCGAAGCGAGGAUGGCUUGAAUUUGGUGUUCCAGGUGAAUCACUUGAGUCAUUUCCUUCUGACCCACCUCCUCCUGGAGCGGAUGAAGCAGUGUGCGCCCAGCCGUGUGGUGGUGGUGGCUUCCAAAGCACAUCAAACGGGGAAGAUUGACUUUCAGAACAUCCACAAGCCAGUAGAUGGGCACUUGGCAGGGUUCCAAUCGUACUGCAACAGCAAACUGGCCAAUAUAUUGUACACCCGGGAGCUUGCCAGUCGACUGGAAGGGACGAAUGUUACCUGCUACGCUGUCCAUCCAGGGCUUGUUAAAUCAGAUUUUUUCCGUCACAUUUCGGUUUGGCUGAAGCCUCUUUUCCUGCCCAUCUGCUGGCUCUUCUUCCGAGACACGACCAGCGGAGCUCAGACGUCCAUCUACUGUGCCACUGAGGAAGGCAUUGAGAAGUACAGUGGGCGCUAUUUUGCCAAUUGCAGGCUACAUGACCCCAAGCCACAUGCCCAGGAUGACGCCGUGGCCGAGAAACUUUGGGAAGUCAGCGAGAGGAUGACGGGGCUGGCGAACUAGGCUAUGGUGUUUUUCAAAGAGGGCUCACCUCCAUAGAAUGGGUGCCUGUGCAGAACCAUCCAUGAAAUUGAGGAAAAUUUUAAAGUCAAAUUGUGGCAUCA